AUGCCUCGAAUGAAGAAGAAAACAAAACAAACUAAGCAAAAUGAUUCGGCUGGAGCAGCUAAAUCCAGAAAGGAAAAGGCUCGAUUGCGAAUGCAAAAGUUAAGGUCAACUGAGACACCCAAAGAACAGACAAGGAGAAGAAAAAUAGACGCAAAACUUAAAGCCAAUAUCAGAUCUUGCGAGACUCCUGAUCAGGCGUUACAUCGCCGAAUAAAAAACACCCAACGAAUGGCCAUAAAAAGGGUUCGAGCAACUUCAAUUAAGAGUACACAAUUGAAAGUGCUGAAAGCACAGUCCAUAGUGCGACGGUGUUACUCUGUAAAAGAGAAACAGCGCCACUCGACUGUUAGGAUACUUCGCUCUCUUCAGGGUACAAACACAGCACAUUUCCGGACAAUGCCUCACCGCCCUCAGAUAAGGGAACAGUCUGAAGCUUUGGAGCAGUUGUUCGAAGAGACGAUGCUCUCUGUGGAUUGGCAGACAUGUUUCCAAUGUCAAAGGUCUGUCCUUAGCCAUAGGAAAAAACGCUGUGGGAAGCGUUGUAGCCAGUUUUCAGCUGUCAAUGACAUGGACCCGGGGCCAGUUCCGGAUGAACUGACUGGCUUGACUUAUCUUGAGCAGCAGCUGAUUGCGAGAGUUCAUCCUGUUGUCAGUGUCUACCGGAUCAAGGGACACCAACUAGGCUACAGCGGCAACGUCAUCAACUUCCCACAAGCGGUUGAGGAGUUUGCGGCAGUUCUGCCUCACCGUAUCACCAGCUUGUCUGCUGUGAUUGUUGUGCGGAUGAGGAACAGUGCCACUGACUACGUGGACUUCCAUGUUAGGGCCAGUAAGGUCAAGAAAGCCCUUAUGUGGCUCAAGCAGAAUAACCGAUAUUAUUUUGAUAUCACAAUAUCUGAUGAGAACAUGGCGUUACUGCCUGAGGAUGGGGACGCUUCAGCAUUUCUGCCUUCAUUUUUUGAUGCAUCAGAAGGGGAGUCAGAAAAUCAGGAUGCUUUGGAAAAUGAGGUAAUAGAAACUAGCGUUCCCAGUAUGACGACACCUCACCAGGAUGCCCAAGUUGCGGCUGUUCUGGAUUGGCCUCCCAUCGGCAGUAACCCAAUUGAGGAAUUCAGGACUCCGGGCUACAUUACACAAGCAUUUCCAGCAUUGUUUCCGACUGGAAAUGCAGAUUUAUCUAAUCCUCGAGAGAGUAAGAUUUCCCCAACUGAGUACUUCAAGCACCUCAUGCUCUUUCAUGACCACCGAUUUGCCAAUGAUCCUCGGUUCAGGUUUUUUGCCCUUAACUCGGAAAUGAGGUGGAGCGCCCUUAGAUCUGGCAAUUUGUUUGUACGGCGGCAUGAGGAGUUGAUUGGGAAAUCAAUCAAAGAUCUAAAAGAAAUGAUGAAGCGAGAUCCAUCCAUCGUGAAAAAAAUUAUGUUUUAUGCAAACAAGCUAAGAGGUACUCGGCCCUACUGGCGAGCUCGGCUGGGUGAGCUUCUCGACAUGGAAGCACAGCUUGGCCUGCCCACAGUGUUUUUAACACUGAGUGCCGCUGACCUUCACUGGCCAGAUAUUUCUCGAAUUUUUGGCAAUGUUGAGGCAACUGAUCUUGAAAGACGUCGACUUGUGGCAGAUAACCCACUUACGCCAAGUUGGUUCUUUUACGAAAGAACAGAAUUCUUUCUCGACCAAAUUCUCUCGAGGCAGCUUGGUGUGAAGGACUUCUGGCGACGAUACGAGUGGCAGCAUCGCGGAAGCCCACACAUCCACAUGCUUCUGUGGCUGAAGGAUGCGCCCGAUGUCACUCGACUAUCACAGAUGACAGAGGAGGAAUUAAAUCAGGUUGUUGGGUAUUUCGACAACCUGAUUUGUACCAUGAAUCCGGGGCUCAACACUCCACUUGCAGAAAUACAUCCAUGUCGGAAACGGUUGUUGGAAGUGGAAGACCGGCAAGUGGAUCUCUCAGAAUUGGUGAAUAAAGUACAGCGACACACCCGCUGCUCUACCAGUUAUUGUCUCCGAAAAAAUAAAAGGACAAACCAAUUAGAAUGCCGGUACAAAUUCCCAUUUGACCUCAGUGACAUAACCCACGUUUACACCAAUGAGAAGGGAGUCAUGGAACUUGUAACUAAGAGAAAUGACGCCCUUCUUAAUAAAUAUAACCCGUGGACGUUGCAGUUGUGGCGAGCCAACAUGGACAUCACGGCUGUCAUGUCCAAAGAUGCCUUCCUCAACUAUAUGGCAAAAUAUGCCAGUAAAUCGGAGGUCAAAUCUAAAACAAUGGCAGAAAUGUUUGAGAACAUUCUAACUAAAGUAGAUGACACUGAGCCCGCAAGGAAGGCUGUACAGAAGCUAUUGGUGCAAACUUGUAGCGAGAGAGACUUCUCAAGCCAAGAAGUUCUCCAUCUAACAACUGGGAAAAAACUAUUUUCUGCAUCAAGGGCUUUUGUAAAACUGAAUUUCGGAGGAGGAGAGUGGAUCCCUGCUAGAGUACAUCAAGAGCCGACAAGUGAACAUGUA